GUGAACUUUUGUGAGAAAUAUAAAGAAUUAUGGUACAUGCAUGUGUAGUGCUCAAUAAGGAAGAUCAUUUAAAUUGAAAUUUAUCCUUUCAUCGUUUGUUGGCGCGAGAGGAAGGGAAGAAGAAAGGAGAAGGAAGUGCAUCUUGUGGAGUGACAAGAGAAUGUAUUGGUUUUUACUGUGUUCUUUAAUUCUAAGUAAUUAAUAAUAAUGUGAUAUUUUCCCAACAUUAGUUAUAAUCCAGUUCAUUUCGACCCAUACAAAUCCACUAUACCUUUCCAUAAAAUUAUGCAUUCAUAUGUUUGGAUAGUAGCGUCAUGAUACAGCAUUUCCCAGUUUCCUAAGAAAUUUUUACUAAAAGUUAGUCAAAUUUAGCGAAAAUGUCUGCUAAAACUAAAGUAAGCGUAGAAUGGAAAAGAAGGGUGAAACAAGAAUACAUGCGAUUAAGGCAAAUGAAAAGGUACAAAAGGGCUGACGAUGUGAAAUUAGCCUGGAAUCAAAAUCGUCAGAAGAUGACUGAAACUCUUCUCGAAGAACAGAAACGAUGGGCUGACAGCAAAGCGUUUUGGGCCACCUCUUCUGAACUGCCCGCCCAUGCAGCCUGCAUGAAGAAAGCCGAAGUUAUAGGCAAUGAAGGAGACAUACAGGUGGUAACCAUAAAAAUAAUGAAUGCCGUUACCCCCAUCCCAACGAUGUACACAUGGGCUCCUAUUCAACAAAAUUUCAUGGUGGAAGAUGAGACAGUUUUGCACAACAUACCGUACAUGGGUGACGAAAUCUUGGAUCAAGAUGGUACAUUUAUAGAAGAACUCAUCAAAAACUAUGAUGGAAAAGUGCAUGGUGACAGAGAAGCUGGUUUCAUAGAUGACGAAUUAUUCGUGGAACUUGUUCAUGCUUUGAUGAACUAUCAAGAUAAAGAAAAUAAAACUGAGAAGAAGAAAGAUGAUAAGGAUAAAAAGGAAGAUAAGGAUAAAAAGGAGGAUAAGGAUAAAAAGGAGGAUAAGGAUAAAAAGGAAGACAAGGAUAAGAAGGUUGGGGAAGAUAAGAAAAAGGAGGAAAAGGAUAAAAAGGUUGGGGAAGAUAAGAAAAAGGAAGAAAAAGAUAAGAAGGUUGGGGAAGAUAAGAAAAAGGAAGAAAAGGAUAAGAAGGUUGGAGAAGAUAAAAAAAAGGAAGAAAAGGAUAAGAAGGUUGGAGAAGAUAAAAAAAAGGAGGAUAAGGAUAAAAAGGAAGAUAAGGAUAAGAAGGUUGGGGAUGAUAAGAAAAAGGAUGAAUUGGAUUUUCCUACUACUGUUAUAUUUCAAGCCAUUUCUUCCCAGUUUCCUGAUAAAGGAGGACCAGAAGAACUGAGAGACAAGUAUGUGGAAUUAACUGAAAGGACUGAUCCUAACGCUCCACCAGAAUGUACUCCAAAUAUCGAUGGACCUAAUGCUGCCUCAGUACCUCGUGAGCAAACGCUGCAUUCCUUUCAUACCUUAUUCUGCAGAAGGUGCUUCAAAUACGACUGUUUCUUGCAUAGGCUUCAAGCUUGCCAUCCAGGUCCGAAUUUGCAGAAACGCAGAGGUCCAGACCUCAAACCGUUCACAGAUCCUUGCGGAGGCGACUGCUACUUGUCUCUGGCCGAGGUUAAAGAAACUAUGGCUGCCAAAGCAAAAGAAGAGGAGGAAUCAGAGGACAAGGAUGUGAAAGUAAAAGUACCUAAAAACGCAGAAGUUUCCACAGAAAUUGUUAAAUCCAUCAGUGUCAAUAACCCUAGGAAAAUUUGCAAGCAACAAAGCGUAGAUAGCGGAAAUGAAGCCAGUUCUGAAGACAGCAAUGAUAGCAACAAAUAUAAAGACAAUGACAAUUCAGAUCCAGUAUCAACAACAACAUCAUUUAGCUUAAUAGGACUCAUGGGUGCCAACGAUCACAAAGAAUGGACUGGUUCUGAUGAAAGUCUCUUUAGAAUACUCCACAAAGUAUUCCUCAAUAAUUAUUGUGCCAUCGCUCAGAUAAUGCUAACCAAAACCUGCCAGCAAGUCUACGAAUUUGCUCAGAAAGAAUCAGCAGACAUUCCAUCCGAAGAACAGAUUCGCGACUACACUCCGCCACGAAAGAAGAAGAAGAAGCACCGUCUUUGGUCAAUGCAUUGCCGCAAAAUACAACUGAAAAAGGAUUCCAAUAGCAACCACGUUUACAACUUUACUCCCUGUGAUCAUCCGGGACAAAAUUGCGAUCACAACUGCCCCUGCAUCGGGGCUCAGAAUUUCUGUGAGAAGUUUUGCAACUGCAGCUCAGACUGUCAAAAUAGAUUUCCUGGAUGUAGAUGCAAAGCUCAGUGUAACACAAAGCAAUGUCCUUGUUAUCUGGCUGUCAGAGAAUGCGAUCCAGAUCUGUGUCAAACGUGCGGCGCCGAUCAGUUUGACAAUACCAGGAUUACUUGCAAGAACGUCAGCGUCCAGCGUGCUUUACACAAGCAUUUGUUGAUGGCACCUUCAGACGUUGCUGGAUGGGGUAUAUUUUUGAAAGACAGUGCUCAAAAGAACGAAUUCAUUUCAGAGUAUUGCGGUGAAAUUAUAUCACAGGACGAGGCGGACAGGAGGGGCAAAGUUUAUGAUAAAUACAUGUGCAGUUUCCUGUUCAACUUAAACAAUGAUUUUGUGGUGGAUGCUACCAGGAAAGGAAACAAAAUCAGAUUCGCGAAUCACUCAAUUAACCCAAAUUGUUAUGCCAAAGUUAUGAUGGUCAAUGGGGAUCACAGGAUUGGAAUUUUCGCCAAAAGGCCUAUACAGCCGGGAGAGGAAUUAUUCUUUGAUUACAGAUAUGGACCUACAGAACAACUGAAGUUUGUAGGCAUUGAGAGAGAAAUGGAGUUUUUAUAAGCAUUAAUGAAUGACUUAAUUUUUAUAUUGUGUGCUGAUAAUUAUUGUAGACUUUAUUAGUACUGAUUUUUUAGUAUUGACA